GUCUUAUCAGAUAUGAUUGUUGGUAUCGGUGCGUCUUAUCUGUUCAUUUUGACGCUGCUCUUGUGUUGGCCGAUUAAUUCUUAAAUAUAAGUACUUCCAGUCACGUCUGAAAAAAUAGGAAGAUCAUCAUCUAUCCUUGGUAGAAAAUUUGUUUCAUAUCCUCUUUGCUUGUUACUUACAGAUUAACUAAGCACAACACAUCGCAAAGUUUAGACCAUAUGACUUCUGCCUCCAGUAGCCAUGAGCAGAAUGCUGCCAAUGAAAAGGAGAAUGUGGAUGUUGGAGUUUCUUCGGUAGACAACUUCACCGCUUUGGACACUGUUAUUUCACCUUCUGGUAAGGUGAUCCACAUUGCCCAUGAUGACGCUCAUUUGGAUGAGGCUCUAGAGUUUGCAAGAGCGCAUGGUCACGUUGACAUUUCCCCCGAGGAAGACGCCAAGGUUCGCCGGAAGUUAGACAUGAUUAUCAUGCCUCUUUUCUGUUUCUUAUACAUGAACCAAUUCAUGGAUAAAACAGGUAUUUCCUUUGCUUCCAUCAUGGGUAUCCAAAAAGAUUAUAAAAUGGUGGGUCAGAUGUACUCCUGGACGAACUCGGGUUUCUAUCUUGGUUACGUUUUUGGGUCUCCAUUUGCAGCAAUUGUCUUGCAAAAAGUUCCAACAGUUAGAUUUGUUUCUUUUACCAUUAUACUAUGGGGCACUAUUCAAUGUUUGCACUGCACUCCUAAAACGUAUGCUGCCUUCAUGUUUUUGCGUGUCUUCCUUGGAUUUCUUGAAUCGUUUGUUGCUCCUAUCUUUGUUAUCAUUUUGAACCAAUACUACAGACACUCUGAACAUUUUGGUCGUACUGGUGUUUUCUACGGUUUCAAUGGUUUGGGAACUAUUUUCUUGUCAGCAGUCUCUUCUGCUUUAUAUAAGCAUAGUGCUUCUUACUCUAUCAGCGGAUACAAGAUUUUAUUCUUGGUCAUUGGAUUGAUGACGAUCAUCAAUGGUUUCCUUAUUCUAUUAAUCAUGCCAAACACUCCUACAGAAGCAAAGUUUUUAACCGAAAGAGAGAAAGAAGUUAUCAUUGAAAGAAUUAGACACAACAAUCAAGGAUUUGGUAACAAGAAGUUUAAGUGGGAACAGGCUGUAGAAGUUUGUAAAGAUCCAAGAACGUUGAUCUACUUCUUACUUUCAUUGUCUGUUGCUAUUCCAAACGGUGGUAUCUCUGGUUUUGGUACCAUUAUUUUGAAGAGUUUUGGAUACACCACUUUGAAGUCUUUACUUAUGAAGAUGCCUGUUGGUGCUUUUGAGUUAUUUGGUCUAGCUAUUCUUCCAAUUGUGUCUAGAUUUGUGAAGUCAAGAAUGGCAAUUGCAAUCUUUUAUUUGUGUGUUGUCUUGGCAAUGUGUUGUAUGUUAGCAUUCUCCAAGAAUACCAAUGCUGCAUUAGUAGGUUAUUGGAUUUAUGGUAUAUCACCUGUCGGUAUUGUUUUGAUUACAUCAUGUGUUACUUCGAAUACUGCUGGUUUUACUAAAAAGUUACUUACCAAUGCCAUCACUUUGAUCGGGUACUCUGCUGGUAAUGUUAUUGGUCCACAAACUUUCCGUUCUACAGAAGCACCACACUACAACAAUGCAAAGUCUGGAGCUGUCGGUUGUUAUUGUGCUGCUAUAUUCUUAGUUGGUGUCUUAACUGCUUACAAUAUUUGGGAAAACAAGAGAAGAGAUAAGGCUAGAGAAGCAGAAGGAGACAAGUAUGUUGUUCCUGAUAACUUAGAGUUUGCCGAUUUGACAGAUUUCCAGAACCCAGAGUUCAGAUAUAGAAUUUAGAGUUUGUUGAUUUUUCCAAACUUUUUUGUUUUACCACUUUUUUACAAUCUCCUUUUAGUAAUAGAAAUAUGAAUACCGC